UCUUCUUUUUAAAUUGCUAAGAACCAACGCCUUUUCCCUCAUUUUCACGAAGAAGACGGAGAGAGAGAGAGGGAGGAGAAUUCCGGUAGAAGCGAACGAGAGGAACCGUGAAAUUUUUCCGUCGAUCGCACGCCGGAAGUCCCCAAAUUUCUGUCGGCAUAUCCCGAUUCACCGGAUUCAUUUCCCCCGGAGCCCUAAACGGGGGCGAGCAAACGAGGGGUAGGGUUUUCGCGUGAUUCUGCGCUCGGUUCUUUGUCAAAACCCUAAUUUUCCCCGUUCAACGUGUCCAUCGUCCUAGCGGGGAUUCUUCUCGCAAGGGAAUCGGGGUCUUCGCAGCCGUGUUCGUGUUAGGGUUUUGCGGACGAUGCGUGGACGCCCUCUCUGGGAAACCUAAUUCUUGCCUCUUGCACGAUUGAUCGCUUGUUGGAAGAGGAAAUGCCUGACGGCACUCUGGAGGGCCUGGCUCUUUCGCCGACGAGCUCCCGCUCGGUAACAGAGACGAUCAACGGGUCGCAUAAAUUCGUCAUCAAGGGGUACUCUCUGGCGAAAGGGAUGGGCGUUGGGCGCCACAUAGCGAGCGAUAAUUUUACCGUUGGGGGUUAUCAGUGGGCGAUCUACUUCUAUCCCGACGGGAAGAACGCCGAGGACAACUCCCUCUACGUCUCUGUGUUCAUUGCCCUCGCGAGUGAAGGCACAGAUGUCAGGGCGCUCUUUGAGCUCACCCUUGUCGACCAGAGCGGGAAGGGAAAGCACAAGAUUCACAGCCAUUUCGAGAGGUCCCUUGAGAGCGGGCCGUAUACGCUGAAGUACCGCGGUAGCAUGUGGGGUUACAAGCGCUUCUACAGACGUGCUAUGCUCGAAACUUCAGAUUACCUGAAGGAUGAUUGCUUAAAGAUUAAUUGUACAGUUGGUGUGGUGGUGUCAGCUAUGGAUUGCUUCAGGUUACAUUCGAUACAAGUUCCAGAAUCUGAUAUAGGCCAGCAUUUUGGUGUACUUCUUGAUAAUCAAGAAGGAUCAGAUGUCAGUUUCAAUGUGGCCGGAGAAAAAUUUCACUCCCAUAAACUGGUAUUAGCUGCUCGAUCUCCUGUAUUUCGAGCUCAAUUCUUCGAGGAGCUGCAGGAAGACACCAACGAAAUUGUUAUCAAUGAUCUGGAACCAAAGGUUUUUAAGGCUUUGCUACAUUUUGUAUACACGGACACUCUGAUGGAGGACGAAUUAGCUACAUCAUCAAGUCCAUCCUGUUCAUCUUCUGUUUCUGAAACACUAGCUGCAAAACUGUUGGCUGCUUCAGAUAAGUAUGGCUUGGCACGCCUUAGGCUGAUGUGCGAAUCCUACCUAUGCAGAGACAUCACUGUGACUUCAGUUGCUAGCAUCCUCGCAUUGGCAGUUCGUUACCAUGCCAUGGAGCUAAAGGCCGUUUGCUUGAAAUUUGCUGCUGAGAAUCUUGCAGCGGUAAUGUUGACGGAGGGUUUUGAGUAUCUCAAGGAGAAUUGCCCCUCGUUGCAGUCCGAACUUCUGAAGACGGUUGCCGGAUGUGACGAGGAGUGCAGCAGCCAGGGGAAGAGCCGCAGUGUUUGGGCUCAGCUCUCCGACGGGACGGACACUAACGGGAGGAGAGUGAGGCAACGAACCUGACCAACUCCUGCAUGCUUUUUGUUGUAAAAUGGCGAUUCUGUCAAAAGGAUACUGACAAUGCUAGAAAGACAUUAAUCUGAUUUUUUUUUUCCAUUUUA